CAAUUAAUUUUAAAAUAAGUUUUCAAAAAAAAAAUAAUUUUAUUUUAUAAAAUAUUUUCCUUAAAACAGAUAAGUUUUUUUAUAUAUAAAAAUGGAUAUUAUGUCAACACAAGAUCAUGCUGUAUCCACAGAAACUAUAUUGGAUAAAGAUAUACAGGAUUUAAAAGGAGCAAAGAAAUCUAUAUCCAACCUGGAAGUAAACCAAAAAACUGAAAAGAAAAAAUCUGAAAGCAAAAAACUAAAAAAGAAAUUAAAUGAAGUUGAGCAACAAAAUCAAUCUUUGAACAAUUUAAUACAAGAUAAAAACAAUGAAAUAUUGGAAUUGAAAAAAUCUGUGAAUUCUCUGAAUGAGGUGUUAAAUUCCGUGCCCAUUGAAGAGUUAAGAUGUAAUUCUUCUAUAGCCAGUGCCAAACUCUUAGAGCUGAGCAAGAAAAAUCGUCAAUUAAGAGCAGAAUUGGAGAUGACUAAAAAUCGUUUGGCUAGAAAAGAUCAACAGUUGCAGAAAUUAGAAAAACAUUUGCAGCAACAGCAAAGUAAGGAAAGUGUUAAGAAAGAGUCCUCUGUCUCCCUUGAGGAACUGCAUAACAAACUCAGUGCUUUACAGCAAAAACUAUUCGAGACUCGUAAUAAAAAUAUGGAAUUGCAAUCACAAUUAAAAUUGGCUCAAAAAUGUUUACAGCAAGAAAUUGGUGAAAAUUUCAAUUUAAAUUUAUUAGCCAAUCAAGGUGGUUCCACUAAUUGGCGUGGUAGAGCACAACAGAUUCUCCAUUUGCAGCAAAAACUUAAAGAAUUGCAAGAAAAAUUAGAAAAUCAAGCUGUCAAAGAUAAUGACAACCAUUUGGAAUUUAUAAAUCCCACUCUUUGCUCCAGCCUUAGUUUUGGCUCUAUUGAAAGACCGAGUGUUAGAAAAACCGAAAUUCAACAUCGGGCUAAAGUUGAGUCUUUGGAAAAAGAAAUAACGGAUUUGAAAGCAGAAAUCGAAGAACAACGUUCUAAAAUUUUAGCUUUAAAAGUGAGAAAUAAAACUUUAAAUGAUGAGAUAUCACAAUACAAAAUGAAGUCCAGUACACUGCAAGAACAGACAGAUUUUAAUAUCAUUAAUGUGGCCACCAUGAAUGAGAGAUUAAAUCAACAGAAAAUAUAUUAUGACAAACGUUUGCAGGAAAUGUCCAAAGAAAGGGAUAAUAUAAUCAAAGAUAAAAAGGAAUUAGAUUUAAAUAGAGAAUAUUUAGAGGAAAAAAUAAAAGAAUUAGAAAGCUGCAUAAUUAAAAAAGACGAAUCAAUAGAGGAGUUGAAGUUACAAGUUAAAAAGUUGGAGCAAGAUCUGAAGGCUAUAUGUGGAGGAUUUUUAUUUUCAUGCAGGGAAUUCAGAAAGGAAGAUUUUAUCGCCAUAUUGGAUAGUUUAGAAUCGGAAAAGAAUUCAUUGUUGGAUCAUAAUAAAAAUCUCAAUGAUCGGUUAACUCAAGAACGUAAUAAAAACGAUAAUCUUAUGGAUCAAAUAACAAAACAAAAAAUACGCAUUUCACGUCUUGAGGCAAAAGUACGCGAUUUAGAACGAGAUCUUGAAAUACAAACUGAAAAAAAGAAACGAUCACAGCGUAUAGCAGAAUAUUCGGCAAAUCUAAGCUGCAACUCUUCCUUAAGUUCGUUUACAUUCGAGAAUUCUAACCUAAUAGCAAAUACGAAUAAAAUUAUCACGGAACCACCAGCAGAAAGUGAUCUUAACGAUUUAAAUAAUCGCCUCGAACUAGCCUCGGAAAAGAUGACAUUGCUUAAAGAAAAACUGGACUAUAUUACCGCCGAAAAGGAUAAUGAUAUAAAAACUUUUCAGGAAAUUAUUAUGAAUUCCAAGAAUAUCUUAGUGGAAACUAUUUUACAACAUCGUAAUAGUAAUACUAGCGUGGAAGAUCAAUAAUUUUUAAAUUUAUUUUGUAAAUAUUGGAAUUAAAUUGUACGACAGUUUAUGAAUGAAAAAUUUUGUAGAUUUUAAUAAUCUAGACAUAAUAACAUUUUUAUAUUAUAAUAGAUUA